AUGUCGGCCGCUCAAACUACUCCUCAGAUCGACACACCUAACGACAAGCCUCGCCGAGGAAAGCGCGGCUACAGAAAAUCCAGAGACGGCCUACUCAAUGUCAAACCCACCGGUAGCGAGAUUGCUAUCGUACAGCGCAACGCCAAAGAAUCGCCCCUCUUACGACUUCCUGCCGAAAUCCGCGCCAUGAUCUGGAAGCUCGCUAUCGGAAACCCUAUCAUCCGCCCAGCAUGGGGUGGACCUCUCAAACCGCUCAGAUAUAGAUCCGUGUUUGAAGAGCGUGCGUCUGAAUUCCCCGCACCAAGGCACCGCUUCGCCAUCCUUCGUGUCAGCCGCCAGAUCUGCUCGGAAGCUGCUGCGUACUCCCGCCAUAUCAGCGUCUUUCGCUUUUACCACUUUGGCAGUUUAAUGUAUUGGCUCAACCAUGCGACAAGUUCUCAGCGAAAGGCUGUUCAUGUGGUACAAUUUGGCCGCUAUGAGUACAUACUCCGAAAGUGGAUGUCGAGACACUUUGCCAAGGAAUUGAAGAAGCUGCCGGCGUUGACCCAAGUUCAGAUAUCGUACUAUGGGUACAAUGCUGAAGCAACUAAGGAAUUACUAGAUGGGUUGGACAAGAUGAAGGGGAGACUCGGUAAGACCAUGAACGUGAAGCUGGAAUACCAAGCUCGGCAAGGUAGUCAUGAUUGGAUUUGGACUUUCUUGCAUGGAGAUGACUUCAACGUGCAAUGA